GGCAGAUUAGGUUAGUGUCGCGUAAUCGGCCGGGGAGGGAGGGUGUGCGAGGGCGCCCUGUGGAGGAGGGACUGUGUAUGUCCACUGCGUCAGGAGUGGGCGUGUUGGGCGUGGGCAUCGCCGAGGGCGCGGGGGAGGACGGCAACAGCAUCCCCUUCAUCGACGAGAGCGGGUCGUCGUGUGCGUCGUCCAUGAUGGGCGAGGAGGACGACACCGCCUCCCUCAGCAGACUCCUGGACGACGCUGCCUCGAGGGAGUUCAGCAUCAACGGCCUCCACGACGACCUCGCGUCUCUCUCUUGCGGCUACGCGUCCCUCGAUGCCCACAGCGGCAGUCACAGCGAAGGCCGCAGUGGCGCCCACAGCCGCAGCGACAUGGGCAGCAGCGGCGAAUCACAGGAGAAGUCCCGGACAGGGUCGGGCCGCUGGUCAUGGCAGCGGUCAUCUCCGGGUUCGAGGAGGACCUCCAAGUCGAGCAUUAAGUCCUCGGACAACCUGGAAGAGGACGUGCUGGACGCGGACGACGAGGACGAGAAGCCGCCGCCGGCCCUCCCGCCGUCCCUGCCUCCGUGCGACACCUGCGAAGACCGAUCCUCUACCUCAUCCUCAUGCUUCACGGGAACGUCCUCCUCGGUGCUCUCGUGCACCACGUGCGCCGCCGAGUCCGACAACCGACCCGAAGCCGACCCGAAGAGUGGCGAUCACCCGACGGAAGACGCGGGGCACCCGGUCCCCGCGCCCUCCGAGCACGACCAGGAGCAGGAGCAGGCCCCGCGCAUAAUCUGCAAGACGCCGGACCCUCCCGACUCCAAACUGAUCAUCCUGAGCAACGGAAACACAACCCCGCACCGCCUGAGCAGCACGCCCGAGGAGGUGUGGAGCCCAGGAGGGGAGCCACCCGUGCCCCUGGUCACCUCCACCCCGGCGCCGCAGGGGAACAACAGCAACGCCUCCACAGUGGAACCCAAGUACGUGGCUCCACAUCACUACGUCUCCUCCAUGCGGGUGGCGUCCAUGAGAGGGGCGGCUGAUAUGGGCGGCGCCCUCGUGGCUCGCGUCGCCACCUUCCUGAGGACGCAGUACAAGAACCUUAUCUCCAGCCCCCUGCAGCUCCCUUGGUGUCCAGGAUUUAAGAUGAUAGUGAGUGAGUUUGAGACCAGCUUAAUACAAGUACCCUUGGCCGCUCACCUGAAGGUCCCGCCAGGAUUGCUCACAGUUCCUUCCAUUCUGCAGCCACUUCAGCUGUCAUUCACUGAAUCAUCAAUGGGGGACCGCCCAAAGCGAGUUUUAGUGGAGGGAGAUCCAGGAUAUGGUAAAUCUACAUUAGCCCUGAAAUUAGCCUAUGACUGGGCUACAGAUCCAACAGGCUCCUAUCUGUCAACUUAUAGCUUGGUGUUUGUCCUGACGCUACGAGAUUUCAGAGGAGGCUCUGUGUUCUCUCACCUGUGUAAGGAGGUCUUGCCAAGACAUAUUCUAAGCAAGGAGGCAAUGAACACCCUAUGGAAUCAUAUGAAAAAGAUUGAAGAUAAGGUGCUAUUCCUCCUGGUCGGCUACGAUGAACUGAUUGAGGAGGAGAGCGGAGACAUGAAUGAGCUCAUUGAUGGUCAGAUGUUCUCCAAUGCGACAGUGGUUUUGACAUCAAGACCUGGGUCCUCCAAGCCCCUCCCACCAUCCAUGCACAGGCGACUGCUCAUUGCUGGCCUUGCCCCGGACCAGACACACAGGUUCAUCUCCCGGUACUUUGACACCAUAAAUAAACCUGGUAGUGGGAAUGAGGUACUGUCCCUGAUAUCAGCAAGCAAAGAGAAAUAUGGGGACCUGAUAACAUGUCCCAUAAUGUGCCUGGCUCUAGGUGUCCUGUAUGAAGACCUGGGAGGAAAACUGCCUUCACGACUCACAGAUAUGUACAUGUCUCUCAUCAAACACAUGAUCAGGAAGAACCUGAUCAAGCGAGGGGAACCCAUGUGCUAUGAUGUGCUGCCUGAUAGAUAUAAUAAGUUGUUAUCAGACUUUGGGAAGCUGGCCUUAGAAGCACUCAAGCAGAACACUCCAUAUUUCACAGCACAAGACCUAAAGACCAAGUGCCAACAUGGAGGAGAAAUUGUUGAGCUUGGCAUCUUGUUAAGAAUGCAGUCAAUGUCCAAGUUGAGCAAGAAAGACUUUUACACUCCUGCACACAAAUCAUUCCUUGAGUUUCUGGCUGCCUUCUACCUAUCUGGCCUUAUUCACGAUACCUCUUUGCUGCAAACUGAAAUUGACAGUAUUGCAGAAAAGAUGGAUAUAACCCAUCCCAUUUUAAGACAAAAUUCCGGCUUGAUGAUCUUGCGAUACCUAGUGGGACUACUCGGAAGAAAUGCCCACAUUGUCUUCAACAUUGUAUCUCAGAUGGGAGUUCCUCAGAGGAUCCUUUUCCUCCUGUUGAAAGAAAGUGGCAUGUACCAGAUGAAUGUCUUAGAGGUAUGUAAGCACGUAUCAGGCCGGGAACAUGUCGUAAUUCAGACAAAUUCUGCGGAGCUAGAAGACUGGGGUCGUUUACUGUACUCCCCUGACUGUAUGCUGGAAGGAGUGGAUGUGCUGUUGGACUUUGAUGGGAGUUCAAGAGACAGACAUGAGUCAUUUUUCACAUCCAUGUCAUUUAAUGAGAGUGUCAAGAGUGUCAAACUUACCUGUGUCGUUGGUGGGGACUUUGGCGAGUCUGAAGUAACAAGACUUGUGUCAUACGUGAGGGCUGUGCUCACCAAGCGCCGACUAGAGUCUUUUGAGAUUCAGGUGACAUCUCUGGAAGAGGCAACUGCUGAAAUCCUAAGUCCUGUCGUGGAUAUGAUCUGCGACACACUCCCAGACUUGGCUCAGGCCCUUAACAAGCUUGUUGUUGCAUUAGAACUGGAUGCUGAACAAGUUGUACAGUUGUGUCAAGUCCUGCAGAAUGCACCACAUGUACAAGUGCUUCAUCUUCCUCACCUGGCUUGUGGUUUAGAUGGCCUGAAGGCAGUUGCACAGAUUGUUGAAAACAGUCCCCUGGUGUCACUCAAUCUUGCAGGGUCUCUCAGCUCUGGCACCCCAGUGGAUGAGCGUUCAACAGGCACAGGAGCCAGCACACCCUCACCAACUAGAGAAGACGCCCCAGCGCCACUCUCUUUUUGGAGUUUCACUGAUGCACAGGGUAAUACCAGGUCUGUGUUCAACUCUCUCCCACGAUCUUUCUACCAGUCACUUCCUGGUCGGGGGAGAUUGCACUCUCUUUCAGCAGAAAAGAGAAAUUCAGACACAACGCUCCUUCAGAAAACAUCUUUCCCACCACCAGCAUGCAACCCCAUUGUUCAUGCUAAUGGGUUUCAUGAAAUAUUUGCAGCAUUCCGCAACCCAGCCUCAAGAGUGUGCCACCUAAACAUUAGCAAAUGCACAAUGGGGGCAGAAGACUUGGUGUGUCUCGGGGAAACUGUACGCUUCACCAAGUGCCUUUCAUCCCUUAGGAUGGAGGGGCUGUCAAGAAUGGCAGAGAUUAUCCCAGUCCUUAUAGCUUUACAGGAGAACACUACUUUGCAACUUCUUGACUUGACAUCCCCUCAUAUCCUCUUGGGAGAUGCUGCCCUGCAAGUCACUCUUAAUGCUUUAGCUAAGAAUAAGUCCUUAAGGUUUCUCGUCUUGAAUGGCUGGACCAUCCAAGUUGAGAGUGAACGGUCACUCAAGGAGUUGAUCCGUUUUCUUAAUGCAACAGAACUACAACAUCUUGACCUCAGCAAUUGUAGAGUAAUUGUCACUGUACAUGAUGGGGCUCUUGCACGUCUCUCUAGGCAAGAUGAUGUCAUAGCAGCUCUUCAAGAGUCGGUUCCUCCCUUACAUAACAACACUUUGGCAUUCCUGAACUUGGAUCACUUUGAGGUGACUCUAAAUAGCAAAGUUGUCCUACGAGGGCCACAACUACUCUUUAUGCUUCGACAUUUCCCCAAGCUUGUUGAUGUCUCAUUGGCAUCUAGCCUGGGAGCAGACAUUAUUGAUGAUUCCACAACGCACAGGCUUUUCUCCCUCUUGCCGGGAUCUUUCCCUUUUCUGCGAAGAUUGACCCUUGGUGGCUGGGUGUUCUCUCUUGAUAAUUGUGAAAAGGUAAUGCGUGCUGGAGGGAAGCAGCUCAGAGGCAGCCAGCUUCGCGAAGUUAUCCUCACUGGUGUUGAAGUGCGGGAGUCAAGUGGGACGCCAGGAAUGGAACACACGCUUUUACAGGCACUCACAACCAACCUACAUCACCUGUCAAUCUUGUCUCUUGCUGGCUUGAAGCUUACAGCAAAUCAGGCUGCUAUGUUUGGGAAGACGAUACGAGAUAAACUAGCCACCACAACCCUGGAACUGGAGACUCGAGGGUUAGGAUACACCACAGUCAAAGCUCUCCGGCAGGCAGUAACCGAGGGUGGAAGAUAUGAGUUUGACUUCUUGGGUGGCCCCCUUGGAAUCUACAAAUUAAGUAAAAUUGAUCGAAGAGAAAAGUUAAUUGGGAAAUGGGCCUGCAUAUCCACAUUAGAUAGAUUGAGUGAGCUAUAAAAGGAAUGCAAUACACAUGUGAUAUUCUACUGUCUGUACACUCAUGUUCAAUGACAAUAGAUUUUUUGAUGAACCUGUUAGAUAUAUGAAUCUCCAAUCUUUUUUUCAGUGAUACCUUUUUUGUGGUGGAAACUUCUGAUAUUUUAAGAGUAAAGGAGAGGUCUAAAUUUGAGAGAUAUUGAAUGUUUGAUAAGAUAUGGAUUACAAUUUCUAAGAGUGCUGAAAGAAAUUGCUAAUGGUUUGCAUGAUAACCCAUAUACUGCUGUAUGCCUCUUCAGUGACUGAGCAAAGGACUGUUAUGUGCUUCUAAGAACAGUUUUCAAAUUGACACUCGUAAAUAUCCUGAUUGUUUUACAACCAUACCUUUUCUUCAACUGGUAUUUUGUAAAUGUUGGUAACUAUCUGUUUGCAGUAUUACCCAUCUUCAUCAUUUGUAGUUAGUUGGUGUUUCCCUUGCUGGGAUCAUAAAAAGACAGAUUUUCCUGCAACUUAGCCACAUUGCUAAUUGCGUGCAUAACAAGCGCACUGUAGUGUAUGGGUUAAAUUAAUCUUUUUUGUUGUUGUUGUAGAUGGUAACAUGUAAAGUUUCAAUGGAUAUUUUGAAAAUUGUUAAGCAUUAUGAACUCCAUUUCUCAUAAAACGCUUAUUGAUGUUCUAUGACUAUUAGUGGCUUAUUCAGCUGUGAUCAGAGAAACUUUUUCUGUGAGAUGAAGGAGACUGAAUUAAUACCUCUCCUAAAGCAAUAUACAGUAUACUCUGUGUGUAAAUGUGUGGGUGCUUGUGUGUGUAUUGCUGUGUAUAUACAUAAAAGAUGAGAUACAUAUACAAAAUAUGUAUAUAUACAAAUGCAUAUCUGUUUGUGUAUAAGUACACAUACUAAUACACAGACAUUUAUACAUUUACAUACAAACGUUUCACAUGAACACACACAUAAGCACAUCCACACAGAUAAUGCUGGAGACUUAUUCCUGGUGAUGACUGUAGGGCAUAAGAUUAUAUUGAAGUUUCAAGGCAUUUUAAUCCUUUUUGUUUUUGAAAACUAAAUUCUUCCAUAAUAGAACAUUUAGUGACAUUGGUGCUUUCUGUCCCUUCUGUGCUUCCUGAAAAAUUGCCUGUAGUAAAAUUACAAUUGUUAGUAGGUAUAUAAUGAACAGUUUUCCAAAACAUAAGGAUAAGGAACAGAUUACAUAUAUACACAUUAAACCAUGUACUGACUCUGAAUAAUGUUGAUUAACAAAUGUGUUGUCGAUAUUUCGGAUGAAGAAGCAUUUCCAAGCAUAUGUUGUACUCUACACUCAUUAUAGCUCAUCACUUGUACCAAAUGCAUUGUUGUAGGUCUGGUGUAUAUAUAAAAUGGUAUUUUAUGGGAAAAGGGUCUUUCCAGUCAUUGCAGAAUAUAAACUUGGUCUACAUUAUAAUGGGCUAACAUAUAGGUAACUGUCUGUGUAGUUAGUUUGUAUUUCAUUUAGAAAAUAUUGGUACAAUAUUCUGAUUGUAAUCUUUUAUUGUUUUAAACUAUUUAGGCAGUGAAAUAUUGUUUUUUUUGUGGAUAUCAGUCAUUUCAUUAGGUAAAAAUACUGAUUAUAAAAAGAAUUCAGUAUUAUUAAUGUUCACAAUGAAAUAUCAUUUUUUACAGAAUUAAUUUACAGAAAACUUUACAAAGGUUAAGGAUUGGUAGGUUCAUUCAUGUAGAUAAGUGGAAAGACAUAAUUUUUGUAUUACUGUUUAUUUGUAGCUUUCAUUUAUUUCUUUAUUUUUUGUAUAAACCUACUGGAGAGAAAUUUAAUAUACCAUUUUUUUCGUUCUUUCUUUCUGCAAAAAUAUAUACUUUUAAACUCUGCAUUUUAUCAUAUUGAUAAGCUUUUACUUUCUUUUAUAAUUUGCUUUUGUUUGUAUUAUAUAUAUUUAUAAAGCCUGUAGACACUGUGUUGAAAAUUUCAACAGAGGACUUAGCAACCUGUGGAUUACUGUACUGUAUUUUGUAUAGAUUUAUGGUAGUACUGAAUGGGCCUUCAAGGUGAAUCCUUCGAUGUACAUAGACACCACAAGUGAAACCUGAUUAUAUGCUCUUAUAUUCUCAACUUGAAGGUGAUAAAUGUGUAAUAUAACUUACCUUUUAAAACAAUGAUGAUAGAUCUCAGCUCAUUUUUGAUGGCAGCCACAAGUGCUUGUAAGGAAUCGUGUUCCAGUAAGAUUUCCUUUUAUUUUAUAAAUUUUGUCAUCAGUGUCUUAGAUUUAUUUUAUUUUUAUGUUUUGUAUUACAAUUUUUUUGAGAAGUGACAGGUUUUGUUCAAGCUGAGGCAUUGGUCGUCUUCACUUUAUGAAAUGUAAAGCUUCUGCUAGGGAAGAAUGGCAGAAGAAAAGUUUUUAUAAGAUCCCCAAAAGAAAGUGCCCAUAUUGAGACCAUUUGAAAGCAGAGAUCCCUAAAAUGGCACUGUGUAAGUAUGGAUUUCAGAGGUAAACAUCUGUGGAAACACUGUUAAGAAUAGGAUUAGGUAUAUUGAGGUUAUUUCCUGUGCUUGAUAAAUACUUGGAAGGCAGAGUCCGGCCUACUUGUUAGAUGUUUGAAAGUCUUCAUAUUAAUAGUUCACUAAUCACCUUUGUAUACCAGUGAUUGCAAAAAACACGAAUAAAAAGAUUCCUAACGAUAAGGGUGCCAUAACAGCAGAUUAGGAUAAAUGGUACUCGCAAGCAAUAAUGAAUGUAAUUAGUUGAUUUGAUUACAAUUAUCGUUGGCAACCUGUGAGAACUUUAUGGUAUUUUUAUAUUUCAGGAAAGACAUGUAUAAUCUUUAUUGAGUGUUCUGAAUCAUUCUUUGUUAUUUCAUAUUGUGGUUUGCGAGAUGUUUAACUUUCAUAUCAGAGGUGUUUAUUUCAUUUGAUAGAAGAAAAGAAUGCAUUAAGUUAGCAUGUACUUUUGUGCAGAAAGUAAUCUAUGCAUUUUUAUAAACUCUGGAACAUGUAGCAGUUAUGUACAUAUAUUAAUUUAAGUUCAUUAUAAUGUAAAGGACAGCACAGUCCAUUUAUUUAGCAAUACACAGUUUCUGAAAAUGAUUCACUAGUCAUUUGCAUUGCAUUCAUAUCUACUGUAUUUCAGAAUACAUGUGUCCCCCAAAUACAUGAUCAUAAAUACCUUUUCCAACUGACUGGGUUGUAAUAAUAAAAAUGUCCUGGGGUGUAGCAUGAGAUAUUGCUUCACUUUUGUACAUAUUAGUUGCAGAUCUGAUGGAAUCCAUGACCUAGUUCUAAAAUCAUUUUCCCAUUAUCACAAUUUUUAAACACAUAUGCAUGUACUCAUGUGUACAUGUGAGCACGCACACGCACGCACACACACGCACACGCACACGCACACGCACACGCA